AUGAGUCACCUACUCUGGAAAUACUAUUGGGAAAAUGAUGUCGACAGAUUUCGUCGGCUUCUGGCCCCGGCCGGUCAUUCCCAUAGUCCGUUUACUACAAAGAGCCCGGCCCAAGGAGUAGGCAGCCCCGGCGCAUACGGACAUUCGCCACGCCCCCUGGCCAAGUUGCGCAAGGCUUCUGCGCAUGCUGGAAAUGCCCUCUCCAAAGCCGACGUCAACGGGCGCGACCAUGCUGGACUUAGCAUUUUACUGCGCGCUGCCUCUUCGACCUCGCCAAAUGCUGUCAAUUUCGUCGAGGCCCUUUUGGCUCAUCCGGCGACCGAUAUCUACGCCCAAGACCCGGAGAGUGGCUGGAAUGCCCUGCACCGAGCGCUCUACAAUGGAAACAUAUCAAUCGCCAGGUUGCUUCUGGAAAAGGAACGCCGGGACCUGACAGAGUCCUUGGGUGUCAAUACCACCACCAAAGUUGGCCAGCUCAUUAAAACAAAGGACCACGAGGGAAACAGUCCAUUUGAUGUCUACAAUGCCUCGAUCGCCCUGCGCCAGCUGAGAAUGGCCGAAGAUGAUGCCAACUCGGACGAUGACUCUGGCAGUGAGGAUGCUGGGGACGGCGACGAACGUGGAACGCAUACUGCCAAGAUGAAUGGGGUCGGUGAGGAGGUCUUUACCUUUGGAAGCAACAGAAAUCUCUCAUUGGGUCUGGGUGACGAGGAUGACCGUCAGUAUCCGGAACGCGUCCAUCUCAAGCGUCCUGAUCAUUUGAUUCAGUACUUUCAUGACCGUUUUGUGGAAUCGCAAAAGAACGACCGAGCUGUGGAAGAGUCUCGGGCCUUGGACUCGAGUGAGAUUCCUGCACUUACACAAAACCGGCCAUUGAUGGUUCAAGAUGUAGUCAUGGCAAAGUUACAUACCGCGAUUCUCACCACCGACCCAAUCUCCAAUCUUUAUAUUUGCGGCAUCGGUCGCGGUGGCCGGCUGGGUCUUGGGGACGAAAACACCCAGUUCACUUUUCAGCCUGUACAGGCCGGGUUGCUUGACAAGAGAGUCACUCACGUCGCCCUUGGCCUAAAUCACACCAUGGCCAUCACAAGUGGUGGAGAGCUUUGGAGUUGGGGCUCGAAUAGUUUCUCGCAGUUGGGGUAUGCACUCCCACCCCCCAUGAAGCCCGACGAGGAGCCCAUUAGCACCACUCCCCGCCAAGUAUUUGGGCCUCUCAAGAAAGAGGUCAUUGUUGGCGUUGCGGCAUCUGCGAUACACUCUGUUGCCCAUACUGGCUCGUCGCUCUAUUGCUGGGGCAAAAAUGCUGGUCAGCUGGCUCUGAUGGAUGCAGACUCUCGCUCGCUAGAGGUCCAGUCAGUUCCAAGAAAGGUUGCCGCAUCCUUGCUAUCGUCACAUUCGUCCAUCUUGAUGGUCUCGGCCAUUGACAGAGCAACGACGGUGCUUUUUGAAGACCGCACCGUGUGUGUCUUUACCAAUUAUGGCUACAACAUGAUCAAGUUCCCCUUUUAUGAUGGCUUCACCAACUCCACCCUUCAGCGGUCUGGCAGGGUGUCCAUGCCUUCGAGAUUCAAUUCUGGUCGUCGCGAAAUCCACUCCAUCACUUCCGGCGGUGAGACCAUUGCAGCAUUGACUGGAAGUGGCGAUCUCUUUACCAUGGCUUUGAACCAUAAGGCCGAGGGCCACUUGGGCGCUACGUCGACUACAAAUCCUGCCAAGAUCAAAGACGCCAUUACAACUCCACAGCUCACCUGGAACUCGUUGAAAGAUGGAGCCAAGUCUGUCGCCAUUGGCGAGGAUGGCACCAUCAUGGUGUCGACUCAGUCCGGAGCAGUAUGGCGACGGGUGAAGCGAACCAAGGCCAAGGAUGCCAAAAACGUCGGAAAUGUAGACAAUAAACGCAAGGACUUCAAGUUUCAGCGGGUUCCGUAUAUUACUGGCAUUGUUGGCGUUCGAAGCUCCAUGUUUGGCGCAUACGCCGCUCUUCGUAAAGACUGCGAUGUAACGCGCGAGCAGCUCGAAGUCGAUGAUCAGACUCUGUGGCACGAUCUUGCGCCGCUGUGCGCUUUGAAAGGGUUCCGGGCUACGAAUCCUCGGCUGCGCGAAAACAAGGACACCUGGCAGUUCCAGAAUCCCGAGGUCCUAAUGGGACGAGUUGAUACCUUGGGAUAUGAGGUCCUGACUUGUACAGACCUUGAAGAAGACUUGGCGAUCCACUUGCGAAACUGGAGCUAUAAACACGAUGAAACUGGCUUGACGAUUCGCACGAGUUCGGCACCAGAAUUGCAGAUUCCAGUUCACUCGUGGGUUUUGGCUGCAAGAAGUCCCGUUCUGCGUGCCGCACUCCUCAAGUUUCGUGAAACCGGCCAUUGCGUCAUGCCAGAUCUUCUCACGAUUUCAGAGUCGCAUGGAACUACCACUAUUGAGCUCUGCGGAAUCGAUUUGAUCGCACUACUCAACCUAGUGGUGUAUGCGUAUGUGGACCGGGUGAUUCCCGCUUGGAACUUUACUCGCCAAUCGCCGCCUCUGGCCUACCGGUAUCGUCAGAUUCGCAUAGACCUCAUGGGCGUCGCGGGCAAACUCGGAAUGGCAAAGCUUGAGCACUCUGUAAGGAUACAGAGCACGCCUCCAAAGUCCAUGGAUCAAGACUUUAGAAGCGCGAUUGAAGAUCCCACCUUUUUGGAGGACGGAGAUGCCCUUCUCGAAUUGGACGGUGAUGAGAUUCCAGUCCACACCUCCAUGCUUUGUCAAAGAUGUCCUUGGUUUGCAGGUCUCUUCAAGGGUCGUUCUGGCGGUAUGUGGUUGGCGAGCCGUCGUGCAGGCCGGGACGCCUCGGAAAGGACCCCCAUCGACCUCCAGCACAUUCACCCAGAGUCGUUUCACUACGUUUUGCAGCACAUGUAUGCAGACGUGGGCGAGGAUUUGUUUGACAAUGUAGUUGCGGACAGUAUUGAUGACUUUUCAGAGCUUGUAAUGGACGUCAUGAGCAUUGCCAAUGAGCUCAUGCUAGACCGCCUGUCACAGAUCUGUCAGCAUGUUCUUGGUCGCUUUGUAACUACUCGAAAUAUCUCUACUCUGUUGAACCUCAUGAGCCCUUGCUCAGUCACCAAAUUCAAGGAUGUCGGGCUCGAGUACAUCUGUUUACAAAUGGAAACAAUGCUCGAAAACCAUCUACUCGACAACCUCGACGAAGAUUUAAUCUUUGAACUCGACCAAGUUGUCAGAGAUAAUCAACUCGCAAGAUGUCCAUUUGCCAAGAGUGGAAGAGCUGAUUUACUGCUGCACGAACGAUACCCGGCUUUGGCCGAGGAUAUCGAAGAAGAGAGACAAGUUCGGGUCAAGGCAAUGGCUUACAAGGUCUCUUUGAGAGAUGACGACAAGAAGCUAUCUUCUUCGUUCAAGACCAAAUUCGGCAGUUUCGACGACAAUGUGGCCAUUUCUCCAUUACUCGACAAGAGUCGGAGACAGUCGAGAUCGGCGCGGAAUGAGCCCUUUAGUCCGGUUCUUCGUCCAAAGAACUCGAAAGCUGAUCUCAUCUUUGAUAUGGAAGAGGAGGAGUCGAGCAUUGCGAGCCCUUCGCCUUCCCCUCGGCCCCUUGACCCUUCUCUUCGUGACGAACUCGAGCAGCUUCCAUCCCUAGAAAGUACGCAAAGUCAUGGCAAGGGUAAACAAGUGGUCAAGGGACAGACUCCAAUCGACAAGUCGCCAGCAUCAAACGUGACUCCGGGCACGACACCCGUCAAUGGAGCAAGUGACUUGCGGCGUACGUCCAACGGCGGGAAUCCGUGGGCCAAAUCGGCCUUGUCUACUGCCAAAUUGGAUCUCAAGGACAUCAUGGCAGAAUCAAAACCUGCACACUCGGCCCUGUCUGCGGGGUUGGCUGCGCAAAGGAGCCAACCUGCCAAGGUGACGCCACAAAAGAUGACGCAAAAGGAAAAGAAAAAGUUCCUGCAGCAGCAGGCAGAGGAGCAAGCCAGACAAGAGGCACUGGCUGCCAGCAAACCUCAGGUCGCAUGGACACAAGUUGGCGAGAAACAGAGCUCACCAUGGCUUCCCACGCCCAGCGCACCAAAGACUUCAAUCAAAGACACUCUCAUGCCGACGACGAAAUCUACCCUUGCGCCACCGGUGGCCAAGCAUCUCGUUGCGGGCGAGUCCUCGAACAUGGCUAUACCUCGACGAGCUGCCUCUCCAGACACGCGGUUUUCUGGACAGAGUCGGUCAGGGUCGACAACGCCACGCGGCAAUCUCACCAAGAACAACAGUGAUGGUCCCGCUUCGGCCAAGUCAAUGGCACCCCAGCACUCGCCAAGCCAGGCCAGUCACCAGGAGCCCAAACCCUUGGUUCCUCAUUCCAAGUCGUAUAUACAAAAGCCACAGAAGCAAAUGGACAGCAUGAUUGGUCUAGGCCUGGCAGAUAUCAUUGGACAACAGCAACGCGAACAGCAGAGCGUCAAGGAAGCCGCAGCGAAACGCAAUCUAGAGGAGAUUCAGCAGGAGCAGGCUUUUCAAGAAUGGUGGGAUGCUGAAUCGCGCCGCAUUCAAGAUGAAGAAGCACGGAGGCAGAAUCGCGAAAAGAACAGAGAUGAAAAGAAGGGUGGCGGCAACCGGCGAGGACGUGGUGGAAAGCCAAGAAGCGGACCGAGCAAAGAUCAAGGCAAUGCGGCACCGCCAUCAACAUCCGCCGAGGGCGCUGGUGGUGGUGCCGGCGCUCGGGGCCGUGGCAAGACUCGUAGAGGUGCCAAGGCAGCUGCUGCUUGA